AUGAAAGUGACGGUGUGCUUUGGUGCUGUACGAGUGUUGGUACCUUGUGGGGCUGGUGACCUUUUGGUGAGGGACCUCGUACGGGAAGCGACGCUCCGGUACAAGAAAGCCACCGGGCAGGUCAGUAAUAGUAACUUUUCGAUAUUGCAACUGACGAAAGCUUUGAAAAUGUCAUGCGAAAUCGACAAAUAUAGAUCUACCCUCCUUAUCAUCAAGGCAUUUGUGAGAUUUAGAAGUGUGUAA